AUGGGUAGUCCAUUAGCUGACAAGAAUGGGUCACAGUCUGGUGUUGGAGGUAAUGGUGGGGAUGAGGAGCCUGGUGGCGGAGAUGAUGAGUCUGGUGGUGGAGAUGAAUCUGGUGUUGGCGAUGAGGGUGAAGAUGAAUCUAGUAUUGGAGAUGAUGGUGUUGGAGAUGAUAAUGUUGGAGAUGAUGAGUCUGAUGGUGAUGAGGAAUCUGGUGUUGGAGAUGAGGGUGAAGAGGACUCUAUUGUUAGAGAUAAUGGUGGAGAUGAAGAAUCUGGUGUUGGAGAUACUGGUGAUGAUGAUGAAUCUGGUGUUGGAGAUAAGGGUGAAGAUGAGUCUCGUAUUGGAGAUGAUGGUGUUGGAGAUGAUAAUGUUGGAGAUGAUGAGUCUGAUGGUGAUGAGGAAUCUGGUGUUGGAGAUACUGGUGAUGAUGAUGAGUCUUGGUGGUGGAGAGGAAUCUAG